GUGGAGCUUGAAUGGCCCCGCCGAAUAGGCAUCAGCGCCCAAUCACAUCGCACAGGGUGCAGCCGGGUUGUCUUCUCUUGCAUAACUGCAACAGCUUUUCGGACCGGUGGAGAUCCAAAGUCGCUUGACUUUCAGUGUUUAUGAACUGAACUUGAGUAGGAGGAUUUUUUUCUUUUUCAAGAUGGAUAGCACUUGGCAACGCGUCCAGUCCAUGUACCGGUGGACCCUGGAGAAUGGAGAUGAGAGAACGGACCCAUGGCUGCUGGUGUACUCUCCGGUCCCAAUAGUAGUCAUUAUACUGGUCUACCUCUGUGUGGCCUGGACCGGACCCCGAUUGAUGAAACACAGGGAACCCGUUGAUCUGAAAGGAGUUCUCCUCCUUUACAAUUUUGCCAUGGUCUGCCUGUCUGGGUAUAUGUUCCAAAAGUUCGUGGUCUUAUCCAGGUUGUCCAAUUACAGCCUCCUCUGUCAGCCGGUAGACUACAGCAACAGCCCACUGGCAAUGAAGAUGGCCAAUGUGUGUUGGUGGUUUUUCUUCUCCAAGGUCAUAGAACUCAGUGACACGGUAUUUUUCAUCCUGAGGAAGAAGAACAACCAGCUGACCUUCCUCCACAUCUUUCACCAUACCACCAUGAUCGUCAACUGUUGGGCCGGUGUGAAGUAUGUCCCGGGUGGACAAUCGUUCUUCAUUGGCUUGCUCAACAGCUUCGUCCACAUGAUCAUGUACUCUUACUACGGCCUGGCAGGGCUUGGGCCCCACAUGCAGAAAUUUCUCUGGUGGAAGCGCUACCUCACCACCCUGCAACUGGUUCAGUUUGUCGUUGUGACGACACACACAACGUAUAACCUGUUCACUGAGUGUAACUUCCCGGACUUCAUGAAUGUCGUUGUCUUCGGCUAUUGUUCAACCCUUAUCGUCCUCUUCUCCAAUUUUUACUACAAAAACUAUCUCAGCGAAAAGGAAAAAAGGAAGUAACACACCAUCUCAGAUUACAUUUUGUUGUUAUUUUUGUUGGUCAAUGUGAAAUAUUCUAUCAAUCGAACGUUUACAGCUUCUUGACUUUAAUGCUUCGAAGAAUUCUGGUUAGCCUAUGUUGGCAUUAUUGCGCUAUAUCUAGGGCUGCAUUUAGUCGAUUGAUAGAAACUUUAUGAAAUCUAAUUUUGAUAAUGUAUUUAUUGCUUAACUCAUUUAUUAAGAACAGAUAACAAACAUGUGCUGCUUAAUGUUGCAGUUGAAUUAAAAUAUGUUGUUCAUGGAUAAUGAUAAAAAAAUAAUAGUUUAGUUGUUCUAGGCUGCUAGUCAGAUAAAGCAUCCACAUUUAUCACUUUGGACUCAUCCCCUCCCACUUUGGUGACUUGUGGUUGCAUUUGCUAUUGACAUUUUAUAGAAUGUAUAUAAAUGAUUUUAGUUCAUUGUAAAUUAUUUAAGCGGCUAUGAAAAUAAUCGUUAGUUGCAGUCCUAGUUAUGUCCACUAGAGAGCAGAAUCUGUCCAUCCUAAAGUUGGGCCUCCGAGAACCAAACUGCUGUGAAAGUCAAAUGUAUUACAUGUUGGGAUCAUGCAACAGUUUUAUACAACCAUUAAAUAAUGUAAACGCUUUGAGACAUGUCCAUAUAAAUAUUUUGCCCACAA